AUGAACAAAGAAGAAAAAUAAGUACGUGUUUAUGCAGAUGGAGUUUAUGAUAUGUUUCAUUAUGGACAUGCACGCCAAUUAGAGCAAUGCAAGAAGCUUUUUCCUAACACUUAUUUGAUAGUUGGAGUGUGUUCUUAAGAGGAUGUUGAGAAAUUUAAAGGAAAAUCUGUAAUGGAUGGAUACUAAAGAACUGAGAGUGUAAAACACUGUAAAUGGGCUGAUGAGGUUGUCUAUCCUGCUCCAUGGAUAAUAGAUGAGAAAUUCCUAAAUGAUCAUCGUAUCGAUUAUGUUGCUCAUGAUGAUAUCCCAUAUUAGACUGCAGAUGUGGAUGAUGCUUAUGCUUUGUGCAAGAAACUUGGAAAAUUUAAGGCAACUAAAAGGACUGAAGGGAUAUCAACUACUGAUAUUAUUGGAAAGAUCUUGAAGGACAGACACAAAUAUCUAAAAAGGAAUAUUGAGAGAGGGAUGAGUAGACAGGAAUUAGGUAUGGGAUUGUGGGAAUAUUAUUAAUUAAAAUAUGAUUGGUUAUUUUGCUAAGGGAGAAAAAGAAAACAAGAUUGA